AUGGAUGAUACAAUAUCUGUUGGUGACGAUCAUAGUCAUGACCAACAUGAAUAUCCUAUAGAUUAUGCGGACCAUGAUGAAGAAUUUGGGUUGGCUGAUCAUGAUUCUCUACAUAAUAUCGAUUUUGAUAUAGGCUAUAAUAGCAAUCUAAAUCUAGUUGAGGAUCCAUUAGAACACGUUCAAAAUCAUAUCGAUGUCAAUUCCGUGUAUCAUUUCGGUGAAAGUAGCAGUCAUAACCAAGAUGCUAAAAACGAAAACGAGUUCAUUGAUGAUGAGGCAGAUGAUACUAUAGUCGAUGAUAAUAUUGAUUUACAGAAAGAACAAUCACAUGUUACACAUGAUUAUGUUUCUCCUGGUGGCUCACCUUAUUGGAUUCCUAUUGUUUCAGACCACAUCAAACCUAAAAUCAACUCAACAGUUGACUCAUAUGGUGCAACAUUAUCAAUGUAUAAAGAUUAUGCAUCAGAAGUAGGUUUUGAUGUCAGGCUUGGAACAAUUAGAACAACCAAAUUUGGCAUUAUCACACAACAACAUUUGCUAUGCAAUCGGGAAGGUAUACCAAGAACCGCUAAAGUGGAUACUGUAGACACUCAACAUAGUAAGAUUCAAAGAAGGAAAGACUCAUUUAGGUGUGAAUGCAAAGAAAAAAUUGUUUUUAUUCUACUACAUGGUACAAAUAAAUAUACUGUUGAUGAUUUUGUCGAACAACAUACUCAUGAGUUGUUUGGUAAGGACAACAUGUUUUUAUCUCUAAAGAAGAAAAUUGAUUAUUCUCAGGAGAUGUUUAUUCACAACUUGUCAAAGCAAAAUAGUGGUGCCUUAAUAGCACACAGAUUGUAUACAGGACUUCAGGGUGGGUCUGACGUUCGAGGUGGUUUAAUUUUCGAUUUCAACAACAGGACGAGAAAUCUGAAUUCUUACACAGGUUUUAGGGAUGCAAAAUUCCUUGUAGCCAAGAUGCUAGAAAGGAAAAAUAAAUAUCCCUACUUUUUCUUUCGAGUUUAA